AUUCACACACCAAAAAUCUUUCAAUUUUUCACUCAUUCUCCUCCACUUCAUCCUCCACUCCCAACUAUUUCAAAACCUCUUCAUUCAACAACAUCCUCUCAAACAUUAACCUGCUUCACUAAUUAAUGUCUGCACCACUUGAACACGAUUACAUAGGCUUAUCAGAAGCUUCUUCAAUGGAAAAACCAUCCAAAUCUCCCAACAUUUCAUCUGAACUUGACCGCAACCUCAAAGCCACUGAGUUAAGACUUGGGUUACCUGGGUUAGGCCAAGAUUUGGAAGAGAAUGCAUGCAAAAACAGUCAUGUGGUGAAUAAUAUUGCAGCAGGGGGUAAAAGAGGGUUUUUUGAUGUUAGUUUUGAUGGAUCUGGUUUAGAUGGUAAGAAGAAAACAGAGCACUCUGUUUCUGCCAUUGCCGAAGAGAAGAAGAAAAGUUGUGUUAAUGGUGAAAGUUGUAGAGUUACUCCUGUUGCUGCUAAGGCUCAAGUGGUAGGAUGGCCACCAAUUCGAUCAUUCCGAAAGAACACCAUGGCCCCUAAUUUGUCGAAAAAUGGUGAUACGACCGAAGGGAAUUCGGUUUGUGGAGGAUGUCUUUAUGUGAAGGUUAGCAUGGAUGGUGCUCCAUAUUUAAGAAAAGUUGAUCUCAAAACAUGCAAAAACUACACCCAACUUUCAAACGCGCUCCAGAAGAUGUUCCAUUGCUUCACUCUCGGUCAAUGUAGUUCUAUUAGAGGGAAGGAAGGGCUCAGUGAAAGUAACUUGAAGGAUCUUUUACAUCGCGAUGAAUGCGUAUUGACGUAUGAAGAUAAAGAUGGUGAUUGGAUGCUCGUCGGUGAUGUUCCAUGGGAGAUGUUUGUAGACUCGUGCAAGCGAUUAAGAAUCAUGAAAGGGUCAGAAGCAAUCGGGCUAGCUCCAAGGUCAAUGGUGAAGUGCAAGAACCGUAUAAAAGGAAUAUGAUGCGACACACGAAAAGGAUCUUUAGUUCUUUGUUUUGUUUUCGGUUUUUGGAUGUUUGAAUCUAUCUUUCAUGUAAAUGGGUUGUUCUUCCAUUCUUCUUUUUUUGCUUUUCUGAAUGUAAAUAUUAUUUCAUUAGAAUUGCAGUAUCAACAUCUUUUCUUUUUCUGA